UCCGCCCCCCCUCUUCUCUCUCUAGACAAAGCAGUAGAGAGCUUAAUCCGGCUCUCAGUAGAUUCCCUACCCCAAAAGAAAAGCUCACGACAUUCAUUUUCCUUUCUUUUUCCAUCCCAUAUUUGUAUACAGAACUUUGGGUACCCAAAAUUUCGUCAACCAUACAGUAAAGCAGAGCAUAGCUGGCGACAAUGGAAGGAGCUGUAGGCGGAGGAGGACAGUACAAUCCUCGUACGGUCGAGGAAGUCUUCAAAGAUUUCAAGGGCCGGCGAGCCGGGUUGAUUAAAGCUCUCACUAGAGAUGUGAAUGAAUUUUAUCAGCAGUGUGACCCAGAGAAGGAGAACUUGUGUUUGUACGGGUUUCCGAGCGAGCAGUGGGAGGUAAACUUGCCGGCGGAGGAAGUUCCGCCGGAGCUUCCAGAACCUGCCCUAGGGAUUAACUUUGCCAGGGAUGGGAUGCAGGAAAAGGAUUGGCUGUCUUUAGUUGCUGUCCACAGUGACGCCUGGUUGCUUGCCGUCUCCUUUUAUUUUGGUGCCAGAUUUGGAUUUGAUAAAGCUGAUAGGAAAAGACUUUUCAACAUGAUUAAUGACUUGCCAACUGUGUUUGAAGUUGUGACUGGUGCUGCUAAGAAACAGCUCAAGGAAAAAUCUUCUGUCUCCAAUCUCAGCAGCAACAAGUCAAAGUCAAAUUCAAAUUCUAAACCGGGGCAGCGGCCACCAGAAAUAACUCAGGAAAGGUACAUGAAACCGCUUCCCAAAGAUGAAGAUGAAGGAUUGGACGAGGAAGACGAAGAAGAUGAUGAUGAUGAGGAGCACGGAGAGACGCUGUGUGGAGCUUGUGGAGAGAACUAUGCAUCCGAUGAGUUUUGGAUAUGCUGUGACAUAUGUGAGAAGUGGUUCCACGGUAAGUGUGUGAAGAUCACCCCUGCCCGAGCCGAGCACAUCAAGCAAUACAAGUGCCCAUCUUGCAGCAACAAAAGAGCCCGACCUUGACUUUUUUCUUUGUUUAUCAGUUAUGGAGUUUUAGCUUAAUUGUGGAGUCUCACGUGUUGUCAGUAUAGUGAGAGGGUGACCUUUCUAGUUUAGAAGUAGUUUGUUGUCAAUUUGGAACAUUCUUUAGGAUUUAUUAGUCUCAAUUUUACUGCUAAUUUAAGAAUAUUGUGACAAAAGAUUGUUCCUUAAGGAUGAAAUUAUGUGUGACCUCUUAAAGAUGAUUUCACUGGCAUUUCCAAGCAAUUGACUUUUUAUCUCUAC